AUGGUGCGGUCAGUAAAGGAAGCCCUACGAGUUACGCUGCACGAGCGUUAUCCCACAGACGAGACAUUGGUGACCCUGCUAGCCGAGGUGGAGAAUACAGUCAACUCCCGACCUCUCACUCACGUGUCCGUCACACCGAGCGAUCCGGAGGCAUUAACACCGAACCAUAUCCUGAUCGGCCCCAACUCACACGUGCCUAAUCCCGGAGUGUUCAACAAAGGAGAUAUGAACGCACGACAUCAUUGGCGACGAGCACAAGCGUUAGCAGAUGAGUUCUGGAGGCGCUGGGUGGUGGAAUACCUACCCUUACUUCAACACCGGCGGGAGCCCCAGAGGUACCGGUGUUCCCCCCAAGGUUGGCGACACAGUCAUCAUAUGCGACCCCAACCUACCCCGAAAUACAUGGCCACGGGGACGCGUUGUGAAGACCUACCCCGGGAAAGAUAA